AUGCUGCUGGCUCAGGCACCCAAAGCUUGGCCCAGGCUUCCUCAGCUCAAGGCCCCAGCCCUCCCUAGGACCGUGGGAGGCAAGGCCCUACAUCUGAGGUACCAGCUCAUGUCAGGAUGGGGCCCAGAGACAGACAGGCGGGGCCAAUCCCAGGGCCCUGAGCUACGAACUAGGGUGCUGGUCACAGCCUUGUUUGGGGUUGGGCUCGGUGGGGCCUGGCUGGCAGCAAGGGCUGAGAAGGAACAGCGGCAGCAGCGAGAGCGGACAGAGGCCCUGCGCCAGGCAGCUGUGGGCCAGGGGGACUUCCGCCUGCUGGACCACCAGGGCCAGGCUCGCUGCAAAGCGGACUUCCGAGGCCAGUGGGUGCUGAUGUACUUUGGCUUCACACACUGCCCUGACAUCUGCCCCGAUGAGCUGGAGAAGCUGGCGCAGGUGGUGCGGCAGCUGGAGGCCGAGCCUGGCCUGCCCCUGGUGCAGCCCAUCUUCAUCACUGUGGAUCCUGAGCGGGAUGAUGUUACAGCAAUGGCCCGGUACGUGCAGGACUUCCACCCGCGGCUGCUGGGCCUGACGGGCUCUGUGGAGCAGGUGGCCCAGGCCACCCACAGCUACCGCGUGUACUACAGCGCCGGCCCUAAGGACGAGGACCAGGAUUACAUCGUGGACCACUCCAUCGCCAUCUACCUGCUCAGCCCUGAUGGUCUCUUCACAGACUACUAUGGCCGGGGCAAGUCAGCUGAGCAGAUUGUAGACAGCGUGAAGCGUCACAUGGCUGCCUUCCGCAGCAUCCUGCACUGAGCGAGUCAUUAAAAGGUGCAAUGAA